AUGGUCAAUCUAGGUCAAGUGCUAUCGAAGUUGAUUCAGAAUUGGACGCUCAUUGAAACAUCACUAGGCGCUAUUGCUCGGUUCAAGUCAUUUGCUGAAGACAUACCUACGGAGGGAGACCCAACCAUUGAGACUCACGAGCCACUCGCAGAUUGCAUUGCUUAUGAGACCUCUGAGACAGCAAAGCCUGUACUGAACGACAUUCGCCUUCACUUCCGUGGUGGGGAGAAGAUCGGGCUAUGUGGUAGAACUGGAAGGGAAGUCGGUAAAAGUAGCCUUGCACUUUCUCUCCUUCGGCUCAAUGAGCUUGUGUCUGGUCAGAUCCUGGUCGACGGACAAGACAUUCCCGUACCUCCCGAUCCUCGAUUCGCCAGUGCAUUAGCAAUCUCAGUUGGACUGUGGGAUGCAUUGGCGGCACAUUCCAAGGGCUCCAGCUGUGACAAGCAGGUGCUUGAAGGUAAGUUGGACGAGAACAUUUUAUCAGGAGGUCAGAAGCAAUUGUUCUGUCUGGCACGGGUUCUAUUGAAGAAGAGCAAGAUUCUCAUUCUGGAUGAGCCGACAAGCAGCCUGGACACGGAGACAGACACGCGCGUGCAAAAGCUCGUCCGCGAGUUGUUUCAAAGCUGUACGGUGAUCAUGGUCACUCAUCAACUUCACACUCUACUGGACUUUGAUCAAGUUGUGGUGUUGGACAGCGGACGGGUGGUCGAAGUGGGACAUCCUCGCGGACUAGCCCGCAGACCGGAUGGGGCGUUCGCGGACCGGAUUGCGAUGGAGGUCUGA